UUAACCGCAAUUCCCGAAGUCUGUCUGAUGACUAACUGCACGUGAUAUGACUAACAUCGAAAAAAAUCCAAAAAACUUUGGAAUACUGAGCGACGGCGACAGAUCUUUUGUAUUAUCCAACACAGAGAACCAGCAAUAAGAAUGUCAUCGGCCGAGGAGAUUGCGAAAACUGCUGCCGCGGCAUCGGCGGUGUUGCGCCCUGUUUCGAACGAGGCGCGAAAUGCUGCGCUAACGAAGAUUGCGGAGAUCCUGAUGGCGAACAAAGCAUCAAUCGUCGAAGCCAACAAAAUCGAUCUCGAAAACGCCGAGAAGAAUAGCGUCGCCGGACCGCUGGUCAAGCGACUGGAUUUGUCGAAAGGCGACAAGUUUGACGCGAUGUGCCAGGGCGUCCUGGACGUUGCUGCGUUGCCUGAUCCGAUAGGGAAGGUGACCUUUGCGAGUAAGCUGGAUGACGGGCUCGAGCUGUAUAGACUUACUUGCCCAAUUGGAGUCGUGCUGGCAAUUUUCGAGUCGAGACCGGAGGUUAUUGCGAAUAUUACAGCGCUGGCUAUUAAAUCUGGCAAUGCCGUCAUCCUGAAAGGUGGAAAGGAGUCGUUAAGUACAUUCACAGUUAUUUCCAAGCUUGUCCGAGAAGCUCUCGCGGGGACCGAAAUCCCAUCCGGUGCUGUCCAGCUUAUCGAGUCGCGGCAAGACGUCGCGGGUCUGCUUUCGCAAGAUCAGUACAUCGACCUCGUUAUCCCUCGAGGCAGCAACGAGCUCGUGCGGAGUAUCAAGGAUAAUACGAAGAUUCCAGUUCUCGGUCACGCUGAUGGUCUUUGCAAUGCUUAUAUCAAUGGCGAUGCAGACGUCGAUAUGGCUGUCCGCGUCGUUGUCGAUAGUAAGACAAACUACGUUGCGGCGUGCAAUGCGAUUGAAGGUCUUUUGAUCCAGCGAGGCGAGGCCUUGACUACAUUGCUUCCGGAGAUUGCAAAGGGUUUAUUGACCGCUGGAGUUACGCUCAAGGUCACCCCCGAGAUCGCCGACGCGCUUGCAAAGGCUGGUGUUGCUGAUGCUGAGAAGAUUGUUCCGGCUGAAGACAAGGAUUUUGAGACUGAGUUUUUGUCGCUUGUGUUGGCUGUCGGUGCGGUCGAUGGAGUGGAAGAGGCGAUCGCUCAUAUCAACAAGCACAGCUCGAAGCACACUGACGUGAUCGUAACGUCGUCAGAGGAGACAGCAAACAAGUUCAUGAACAGCGUCGAUAGCGCGGGUGUGUACUGGAACGCCAGUACGCGUUUCGCCGACGGGUUCAGAUAUGGAUUCGGCACCGAGGUCGGAAUCAGCACAAGCAAGAUCCACGCCCGCGGGCCGGUCGGUCUGGAGGGGCUUACUUGCUACCAUUACCAGCUUCGGGGAUCUGGACAGGUCGCUGGAGAUUAUGUGGGAGCAGGGGGUAAGAAGGAGUUUAAGCAUGAAAAGCUCUGAAGGACUUGGG